CGCUAAACACGACACGAAAGCUGAAACUGGUCAAGCCCGGGUCUCUCUGAUCUGAGCUGCCCGGCGAACAUGGACUACGAGAACAAACUCGUCCUCGCUCCCAUGGUUCGCGUUGGAACGCUACCGCUAAGAUUACUAGCUGCUCAGUACGGUGCGGAUAUCACAUACGGAGAGGAGAUUAUUGACCGUAAGUUUGUCAAAUGCGAGCGAAGAGUGAAUGAACAUAUUGGGUCCAUUGAUUUUGUCGAGAAGGGAGCAGAGAAUGUUGUUUUUAGAACCUGCAACCAAGAAAGAAAUCAGGUGGUGUUUCAGCUUGGCACUUCUGAUGCUGUGAGAGCUCUCACUGCUGCUCAAAUAGUUAUUCCUUCUUUAAGAUGCAAAGAUGUAGCAGCAAUAGAUAUCAAUAUGGGUUGCCCCAGGUCAUUUUCCAUUAGUGGGGGCAUGGGUGCUGCACUAUUGACUAAACCAGAGCUCAUCCACGAUAUUCUGACAACAUUAAGGAGGAACUUGGUGACACCAGUAACGUGUAAGAUUCGACUUUUAAAAUCUUCUCAGGAUACAGUAGAGCUUGCAAGGCAAAUUGAGAAAACUGGUGUUUCUGCUCUUGCUGUCCAUGGCAGAAGAGUUGCGGAUAGGCCCCGGGAUCCAGCUAAGUGGAGUGAGAUUGCUGAUAUUGUAGCAGCCUUAUCCAUUCCAGUUAUAGCAAAUGGCGAUGUCUUUGAGUACGAUGAUUUUCGGCACAUCAAAGAUGCUACAGGUGCCUCAUCAGUGAUGGUUGCUAGAGGGGCUCUUUGGAAUGCCUCAAUUUUCUCUCCUGAAGGAAAAGUGCCUUGGGAUGAUGUGAAAAGAGAAUAUAUUAGGAAGAGCAUCUUGUGGGAUAAUGACAUUAAAAGCACAAAGCACACAUUGAAGGAGAUGAUUAUGCAUUAUUCUUCCCUUGAACUCCCAGAGGGGAAGGCUGUGAUCAAAUCAGAAUGCUUGGCAGAUUUAGCGCAACUAUAUGGGGAGGACAAGUACUAUCAGAUUGUCAAUGCAAAAAGAUUCUUGGUCAACUGAGUAGAUGAAUCUUUGUUGUUUUGUUCACGAAUGUUGUUGAGUGUUGUCUGUCAACCAAAUGAAGACAAGCACAUAAUCGUGCACUAUUAUUUGGAAAGAAGCUAUUCUUUGUGUUCAGGACUUGGAAGCAGGGAAGCACCAUAGAUUGAGUUAACCAAAGCUGAUGGGGUUCUUGUCUCAUCCUCGGGGCCAUAAAGCCAAACCAACCUUGGGUUCUUGGGGCAUCUAGUUCUGCAUUCUUCAAAAAUUGUGGGUAUCUAUGACUGGCAUAUUGCUUAAACUUUGAUCCUUGACAUUGUAAGGAUCUUUGGUGUAUGGAGGGGUGGUAUGAUAUACAUUAUCAAAGGAAUUGAGGGCUCUGUGUAGCAUCAAAUCUCUCCCAUUUUGUUUGACGUAUCCUGUAUGAAAUAGAGGCAUAUAUGUUGGGGGAAAAAGAAAUUAUAUGUUUGUUAAUGUGUUUUGAGGGGCGGUUUUUGUUUU